AUGUCGAUUGCGAUUGUUCAAGCGGGAACCGUUAUCUACGAUACGCCAGCAACAUUAGAUAAAUUAGAACGGUUAACUAUGGAGGCUGUUCAUAAGGGGGCCAAGCUUGUACUCUUUCCAGAAGGGUUUGUUGGUGGUUACCCAAAAGGAAUGGAUUUUGGUAUUGUUGUCGGUCAGCACACACAGGAAGGUUCUGAAGAGUUCAGGAAAUAUUACAACUCGGCUAUCGAGGAACAUGGUCCAGAGUCGCAACGCAUGGCCAAGUUGGCUAUUACCCAUAAAAUUAUAAUGGUCGUUGGUGUAAUAGAGCGUGAUGUCAACACCUUAUACUGCGCGAUUUUUUAUUACGGGCCUGAUGGUUAUAUGGGAAAACAUCGAAAGCUGGUGCCCACCGAAUUAGAACGAUGUCUUUGGGGACGUGGAGACGGUUCAACUAUGCCGGUCUUCGACACACCAAUGGGAAAGAUUGGAGGAGCUAUUUGUUGGGAGAACUACAUGCCGCUGUAUCGUGUGUUCCUAUACAGCAAAGGUAUUCAGCUGUACAUGGCACCCGCAGCGGACGAUCUUGAACGAUGGCUUCCAACCGUGAGAAUGAUAGCACUCGAGGGAAGAUGUUUUGUCUUCUCAGCAAUCCAAUUUCUGACUACAUCGGACUUCCCAGAUGGCCAUUCAAUUCGGCUGAAACAUGGGAACGAUAAGGUUCUUCUACGUGGCGGUUCCUGUGCCAUUGAUCCUCAAGGCAAUGUACUCGUGGAGCCCAACUACACAAAGGAGACCAUACACUAUGUCAACAUAGACCUUGCUGAAAUUGCACGAGGCAAAAUGGAUUUGGAUUCCGUAGGACACUAUAGCCGUCCGGAUAUCUUCCAAGUUACCGUCAACGAGAAACCAUUGAAUAACGUAGUCAGAAGCUAG